CGAUUGAUUUUCAGAAGAAUUACACAUCUCCCGUCAUCUCCUUCCAAUCCUUUCUCUACCAGCAAUGGCGUCUGUAAGUAGCUUCACGCCACAGAGAUUCAUCUCUCUCUCCUCUCCAAAACCAAACCCUAUCCAACUUCACCAGAUCAAGAACCUUUCAAUCUCUUCCUUCAACACUCAAUUCCGCCACAAUCUACUCAAAAUCAAACAAAAAGACCGUCUAAUAGUCAGUUCCGUUUUCAACGACGAACGAGAUGUUAUUCCACUACAGAGCACCGACUCAACAGACCAGCCAGACAGUGUUCUCGUCGGAACUGAGAGAGAAAUCCAAGGAGGAGAGAUUCUGAGUCAAGUAGUCGCUGGAUUUGCGUCCGAAGGAAGAUUAUCACUCGAAGGCGGCGGCGGUGAAUUCCAGAGUUUCUCAUCAUCAUCAGCUGAUGGAAACGAUCAGGAAGAAGAUGUUAACAAGUUAAUCGAUAGAUCGAUUAACGCUUGUAUUGUUCUCGCUGCUGGAACUUUCGCCAUUACUAAACUUCUUACAAUCGACCACGAUUACUGGCACGGAUGGACUCUAUACGAGAUAUUGAGAUACGCACCUCAACAUAACUGGACAGCUUAUGAAGAAGCACUAAAAUCAAAUCCAGUUUUCGCUAAAAUGGUGAUUAGUGGUGUUGUGUAUUCAGUAGGAGAUUGGAUUGCACAGUGUUAUGAAGGAAAACCUAUCUUUGAAUUUGAUCGAGCUCGAAUGUUCAGAUCAGGGAUAGUAGGGUUUACAUUACACGGAUCACUUUCUCAUUACUAUUACGAGAUCUGCGAAGUGAUAUUUCCAUUUCAUGAUUGGUGGGUAGUUCCAGUUAAGGUUGCUUUUGAUCAAACGAUAUGGUCUGCAAUUUGGAAUAGCAUUUACUAUACAGUAGUUGGAUUAUUGCGGAUGGAUUCGCCUUCAAAUAUCUUUAAGGAAUUGAGAGCAACAUUCUUUCCUAUGUUGACUGCAGGGUGGAAACUAUGGCCAUUUGCUCAUCUGAUUACUUAUGGCGUUAUUCCGGUUGAACAAAGGCUUCUUUGGGUUGACUGCGUAGAACUCAUUUGGGUCACAAUUCUAUCAACAUAUUCAAAUGAGAAAUCCGAAUCAAGAACAUUGGAUUUGCCAGCCGGAACAAGUCCACAAGGACCCCAACAAUCUGCAGGUCCUCCCGAGGAGUAAAGAAAUGAACAAGAAGGGGGCAGCAGGACAGGAAGAGGAAUAUAUUAUUGUUUUACCAUUGAAAUCAGAUUCCCUAAAUAUAUAUAUAGAUAGAUUAUAGAGGGAAACUAACUGCAAAUAUGUGUGUUGUGAUAAAAUAGCUCAUUGAUCUUCUCUUAUAAGAGUUACUGUAUAUUGAUCAAAAUAAAUAUUAUACUCUCUA